AUGACAAGUUUUCAAAAAUUCCAUGAAGAAUGGCAUGAACAUCUUCGUGAACUAGUACAACAAAUGACCAAAGUACCAAAAUCUUGUACUACAAAUCAAGAUGAACAAAACACAAAAUUAUUAAUCCAAAAAGUUACUUCACAUAUUAAUGAAUAUUAUCGAGUUAAGUCAUUAGCAGCCAAAAAUGAUAUACUUUAUAUUUUUAGUGCACCAUGGUCUAAUUCUCUUGAGAGAUCUUUGUAUUGGAUUGCUGGUUGGAGACCUACUACUGCUUUUCAUAUUAUAUAUUCUGAAUGCGGAAUUCAUUUAGAAACUCACAUAACUAAUAUUCUCAAUGGAUUUCGUAAUGAUGAUCUUGCGGACUUAUCUCCAAAUCAGCUCACUCGAUUUAGUGAACUUCAAUGUGAAACUAUUCGACAAGAAAAUACUAUCACCGAAGAACUUUCCGAUUGGCAGGAUGGUGCAAAUGAAAUAGUUGAAAAGAUAGAGAAGAAGAUGGAAAGGCUUGUAGAGAUAUUGGAGAGAGCAGAUGAAGUGAGGGUCAACACCAUCCACAAAUUGGUGCACCUCUUAACACCACAACAAGCCCUCCAGUUUUUGAUUGCCGCAACCUACUUGCUUUUUGGGAUUCGUACCUGGGGAAUCAAUCACGAUAAUCAACGUGUCAAGGGAUGA